AUGGGAAACCAUUUCUCAUUUUCUUCUACCAUCAAAAUCAUUCACUAUGAUGGUUCAAUUCAAGAGCUUGAUCAACCAAUAACAGUAGCAGAACUCAUGUUAGAUCAUCCGAAACAUGUAGUUGUCGAGUUUCAUUCAGCUUUGAAGCAGAAAAAACCAACACCGUUACCGGCUGACAAGAAUCUUGAGAUGAACAAAAAGUAUGUCAUGGUUCCGGUGAAGCCAGGGAAGCCGGUUGGAUUAAAGGCGGAAGAUUGUCGUAGGAUUCUUUCCAUGGUUAAUUCGUCUCUUGAUUCUAGUAAUUAUCUCAUGUGCUCUCAAGGCUUUGUUCCUUGGCUUGUAAAGUUUUUGAAGAAAAGGAAUGAGGCUAUUGGAGAGGUUGAGAAAAGUUUGGAGAUAAAUGGAGAAGAGAGGUUUGAGUUUUGUGAGGUUUUGCCGGAAAUGAUGGAAGAGAGAGGAGAGUAUUUGAAUUUGAGUAGGCAAUUGUCUGGGAAAGGGUGGAAGCCUAGUUUGGAUACUAUUAAGGAAAAGAAGAUUAAGAAAAAGGGAUAA